CAGAAGACAACAAUGUGGAAGGUCUGGCGCACCUGAUGAUGGGCGACCAAGGUAAAAGUAAAGGAAAAGAAGAAUAUAUUGCCACUUUCAAGGGAUCUGAAUACUUCUGCUACGACUUGUCUCAAAACCCCAUUCAAAGCAGCAGCGAUGAAAUAACUCUGUCCUUUAAAACUCUUCAAAGGAAUGGACUGAUGCUUCACACUGGGAAAUCCGCUGAUUAUGUCAAUCUUGCCCUGAAAAAUGGAGCUGUCUCUCUGGUCAUUAAUUUGGGAUCAGGGGCCUUUGAAGCGCUAGUGGAGCCCGUGAACGGAAAGUUUAAUGAUAAUGCCUGGCAUGAUGUGAAAGUCACCAGGAAUCUGCGUCAGCACUCAGGCAUUGGACACGCUAUGGUGACAAUCUCAGUGGAUGGGAUUCUUACCACAACGGGCUACACGCAAGAAGAUUACACCAUGCUGGGUUCUGAUGACUUUUUCUAUGUCGGAGGCAGUCCCAGCACAGCAGACCUCCCAGGGUCGCCAGUCAGUAACAACUUUAUGGGCUGUCUCAAAGAGGUUGUAUAUAAAAAUAAUGAUGUAAGGCUGGAAUUAUCUCGACUUGCCAAGCAAGGAGACCCGAAGAUGAAGAUCCAUGGAGUAGUGGCAUUUAAAUGUGAGAAUGUUGCAACUUUGGACCCAAUCACCUUUGAAACCCCGGAGUCUUUCAUCUCUUUGCCUAAAUGGAAUGCAAAGAAAACAGGCUCCAUAUCAUUCGAUUUCCGCACAACAGAGCCAAAUGGCCUCAUCUUAUUUAGCCAUGGCAAGCCACGACACCAAAAAGAUGCCAAGCACCCACAGAUGAUCAAGGUUGACUUCUUUGCUAUUGAGAUGCUGGAUGGCCACCUCUACCUCCUCCUAGACAUGGGGUCAGGUACAAUAAAAAUCAAAGCCCUGCAGAAGAAGGUGAAUGAUGGAGAAUGGUAUCAUGUGGACUUCCAGAGAGACGGACGGUCAGGUACCAUUUCUGUCAAUACUCUGCGCACACCCUACACUGCCCCCGGGGAGAGUGAGAUUCUGGACCUGGACGACGAGUUGUACCUGGGGGGCCUCCCAGAAAACAAAGCCGGCCUCGUCUUCCCCACCGAGGUGUGGACUGCUCUGCUCAACUACGGCUACGUGGGCUGCAUCAGGGAUCUGUUCAUCGACGGCCAGAGCAAAGACAUCCGGCAAAUGGCCGAAGUGCAGAGCACCGCUGGGGUGAAGCCCUCCUGCUCCAGGGAAACAGCGAAACCGUGCCUUAGCAACCCUUGCAAAAACAACGGCAUGUGCCGGGAUGGGUGGAACCGAUACGUCUGCGAUUGUUCCGGAACAGGCUACCUGGGCAGGUCCUGCGAGAGAGAGGCAACGGUUCUGAGCUACGAUGGGAGUAUGUUUAUGAAGAUCCAGCUCCCCGUGGUCAUGCACACAGAGGCUGAGGACGUGUCCUUACGGUUUCGAUCCCAGCGUGCAUAUGGCAUUCUCAUGGCAACCACCUCCAGGGACUCGGCAGACACCCUCCGCCUGGAGCUGGACGCAGGGCGUGUGAAACUGACGGUCAACCUAGAUUGUAUCAGGAUUAACUGUAAUUCCAGCAAAGGUCCUGAGACCCUUUUUGCCGGCUAUAACCUCAACGAUAACGAAUGGCACACAGUGCGUGUGGUUCGUCGGGGAAAAAGUUUAAAGUUAACGGUGGAUGACCAACAGGCCAUGACAGGUCAAAUGGCGGGCGAUCAUACCAGACUAGAGUUUCAUAACAUAGAGACUGGCAUCAUCACGGAACGGCGGUAUCUGUCUUCUGUCCCCUCCAACUUCAUUGGACACCUUCAGAGCCUGACAUUUAAUGGGAUGGCAUACAUUGACUUGUGUAAAAAUGGUGACAUAGAUUACUGUGAGCUCAAUGCCAGGUUUGGCUUCCGGAAUAUCAUAGCAGACCCUGUUACCUUCAAGACCAAAUCAAGCUAUGUUGCCUUAGCUACGUUGCAAGCCUACACUUCUAUGCAUCUUUUUUUCCAGUUCAAGACAACAUCCCUAGAUGGACUAAUUCUAUAUAACAGUGGGGAUGGAAAUGACUUUAUUGUGGUUGAAUUAGUUAAAGGGUACUUACAUUACGUGUUUGACUUGGGAAAUGGUGCUAACCUCAUCAAAGGGAGUUCAAAUAAACCUCUCAAUGACAAUCAGUGGCACAACGUGAUGAUAUCAAGGGACACCAGCAAUCUCCACACUGUAAAGAUCGACACGAAAAUCACAACGCAGAUCACCGCCGGAGCCAGGAACUUGGACCUCAAGAGUGACUUGUAUAUAGGAGGAGUGGCGAAAGAAACAUACAAGUCCUUGCCGAAACUUGUCCAUGCCAAGGAGGGCUUUCAAGGCUGCCUGGCAUCAGUCGAUCUAAAUGGACGGCUUCCAGACCUCAUCUCAGAUGCCCUUUUCUGCAAUGGACAGAUCGAGAGAGGAUGCGAAGGGCCCAGCACAACCUGCCAGGAGGACUCGUGUUCCAAUCAAGGCGUGUGCCUGCAGCAGUGGGAUGGCUUCAGCUGUGACUGCAGCAUGACUUCCUUCAGUGGCCCGCUCUGCAAUGACCCUGGGACAACGUAUAUCUUUAGCAAAGGCGGUGGACAAAUCACAUAUAAGUGGCCUCCUAAUGACCGGCCAAGUACGCGAGCAGACAGACUGGCCAUAGGGUUUAGCACUGUUCAGAAAGAAGCUGUAUUGGUGCGUGUGGACAGUUCUUCUGGCCUGGGGGACUACCUAGAGCUGCAUAUACACCAAGGAAAUCUUGGAGUUAAAUUUAAUGUUGGGACAGAUGACAUCGCCAUCGAAGAGUCCAAUGCAAUCAUUAACGAUGGGAAAUACCACGUAGUGCGUUUCACGAGGAGUGGUGGCAAUGCCACGCUACAGGUGGACAGCUGGCCAGUGAUCGAGCGCUACCCUGCAGGGCGUCAGCUCACAAUCUUCAAUAGCCAAGCAACCAUAAUAAUUGGCGGGAAAGAGCAGGGCCAGCCCUUCCAGGGCCAGCUCUCUGGGCUUUACUACAAUGGCUUGAAAGUUCUGAAUAUGGCAGCUGAAAAUGAUGCCAACAUCGCCAUAGUGGGAAAUGUGAGACUGGUUGGUGAAGUGCCUUCCUCUAUGACAACUGAGUCGACAGCCACUGCCAUGCAGUCAGAGAUGUCCACGUCCAUUAUGGAGACCACCACAACCCUGGCCACUAGCACAGCCAGAAGAGGAAAGCCCCCCACGAAAGAGCCCAUCAGCCAGACCACAGAUGACAUCCUUGUGGCUUCAGCAGAGUGUCCCAGCGAUGACGAGGACAUUGACCCCUGUGAGCCGAGCUCAGGUGGGUUAGCCAACCCAACCCGGGCAGGGGGCAGAGAGCCAUACCCAGGCUCCGCAGAAGUGAUCCGGGAGUCCAGCAGCACCACGGGCAUGGUGGUAGGCAUAGUAGCCGCUGCCGCCCUGUGCAUCCUCAUCCUCCUCUAUGCCAUGUACAAGUACAGAAACCGGGAUGAAGGCUCAUACCACGUGGACGAGAGUCGAAACUACAUCAGUAACUCAGCACAGUCCAAUGGGGCUGUUGUAAAGGAGAAACAACCCAGCAGUGCGAAGAGCGCCAACAAAAAUAAGAAGAACAAGGAUAAAGAGUAUUACGUCUGAUUCCAAGAGCGUAAAAGGACCCUUGUAUAGAAAUAGUCUUCAUUUUAUCUGAGACAUAAUAUGAACUUAUUUACUUUCCUUUUUAUGAAGCACAUACAAAAGAAGACAGGGAAUGCAAUCAGGAAGGAAAGACUGUUUUUAAAAAAUAAAAAUAAAAAACAAGUAUCCCAUGCUCUUGUUUCUCCAAAAAAAGAAAAAUUAAUAAAAAAUUAAAAAACAGGGGCCAAUAAAUUCCCUAACAUCCACAGUGUUUUCAUUUACUCUGCCUGUCUUUAUGUUGCUGGAACAUUUCUAAAAGACAGUGAUGACCGCACGCAUUCAUAAAGCAAAGGAGUAUUACAACAUCGAGGCACAACACAAAACACAACACACACAAAAGAAGCUACCUAUGAUCCUGGAUUUAGCCAAAGUGCUAGCGCUUUCCCGAGAAGUCAGAUAGUCCUAUUGCCAGAGAAGACUGUGGCAUUUUGAGUGACUCGACCUGCAAAUCCUUAAGAAUUUGCUGCCUGGCGCAAAUGGAGCAGUGGUUGGAAUUUACAUUUGAAGCAAAGUGCUGGCUUUUUUGAAGACUUGUGUAGGAACACAUUCAAAAAGCCCCUUUAUGAUUGUGAGAGGAAAAAAAAAAAGUAUGGAGGCCUUAUUUUCAACAUUGUGAAAUAUAAGGCACAUUACCACACUAAAAUUUCAGAACAAAAACAAGAGGGCAUAGAUGCAAUUCAUUGGGAAAUUUUCAUGCACGCUUAAUAUGUUACUACAUAUGUUUAUAUAAAAUCCAUCUCUGUGUGCUUUCUGGACUGUGGUUAAGUGACGUUUUAUAGCCUGUUGUAUAGAAAAUGCAAAAUAUAUCUCUGCUCUUCAGCCAUUUUUGGUAAAUUAAAUGUUAUAAGUGUUGCUAAUUAUAGGGAGUUUUAUGACAUUGGAGCAACAAUUAUUUCAGGGUUGUUUUUGAUUUUUUUGGCCACCAUUAUAAAUUGCCACAAUUACUUACUUUUUAAAAUAAAGUUACAAUGUAGUGUUUAUUCUAAGAAAGAUAUGUAUGAAUGUAUAUAAAAAGAUUCAGCUACAUUUUUUCUUACAUGUACAGCCUUCAUUCUGUUGCAGUUAAGUUUUAGUAUUUGUAUGAAAGGUGUGAAUCAGAAGGUAAAAGCUAUACAUAUGUAUCUUCUAAUCUUUUUUCUUCCCAAAAUACAUUUCCACAUACAUUCACUAUUCACAAUCAAAGAUGUACACACACAUACACACACACGAAUUCAGAGUAAUCGAUCAGAUAUAAUGAAAGACCCAAACAUACAGAUACUAACAAAUGUUUACUGACAAAAUGAAAAGCAGGAAGGAAGAUAGUUGUGCCAAGGUAUUGAUGACAAGUGGGGUGAUUUGCUUCAUUGAGAUCAUGGUCCCAAGAAACCCCAAGAAGAUAUUUCCCUAGUGAAAUGGAACCUUUUCUUAUCAAAUAGAAUACCAAUGGUAUCUUGAUGCAUGGAUAUAAACCAUUAGGUGGGGAGGUUAUGGAAGCAAAGUUGGUUGAUAUACACCUUAAUCUGAUUGCUGCAAUUGAAAAACUUUAUAUUUUUUUUCUCUGAACCUAAUGUGCAUGAUAAAGAUUUUGGAAAGUAAACACUUUCUCAACUAAAAGUAUUUUCAGGAAGUUUUGAUUCCCUAUUUGUUGAUUAUUGACCGUAUUUUAACUUUUGUGGUUUUACAUAUAUAUCAUUAAAUAGUUUUAACUUAACACAUUAAAUGGUAGGAAAAGUAUAGGUUAUACACUUGUUUUGCAUAUUGCUUCAAUGAUGUUCAUAGCAAUAAAUUACCAAUAUGAGAAGGUAAUGCAAAAGAAGUGCAUUAUUAGAUUGGAAGGUGAUGCCGCAGUAUAAAUUGAUUGCAUUACUUUAACAUCUCCAAAAAUGAUAUUAGAUUUCAAGGAAGAGAAGAAAACCAUUACAAUUAGCUUUAAUCAGCAAAGGCAAAAAAUGCAAAACAUCUUUUAUAACAUGUUAGUUGAUGAAUAUAAAAAGCCAAGAAGUGGCCUGGAUUUCAGACAUACAGCAUCUUAGAAACAUAGCAAAUCACCAAUAUCUAUGGUUGCCAAGUAAUUGUUGUAAAUGAAAAGUUAUAAAGGCUUUUCAUGACCCAGAAAGUAGAGGUAUAAAACUAAAAUUUAAUAUCCAUUACUUGUGUUUCAGAUUUUUUUUUUCAUUUGCUAGGUUAAAAAUGUUCAUGUUUUGUGUUUUUCCCCCCUCUCAUUCAGUCUUACUCAGGGAAAGCCAGUCAAAUAAGAGGGUAAAAAUAAAACCACUAAUUUACAUUUGAGGUUAUAAAAAGAAAUGGUUGCUUUUCAAUUUGAUCUAUGGAACUUGACCUAGUUUCCACCUGGAAAGAUUGAACUAUGAUAGAAAAUCAAUAAUGGUAUUUUUAAGCAGUAUAUCUAUGAAGUAGCUUUGUUGUGGAAUGAUUCCAAUGUUUCUUUCCAACAUAAAUUUUAAAAUUUCAUGCAGUGAUGUAAUCUUAUAUUGUCAGUGAAAAUAUUACUAAUGCUAUUGGCCUACACAAAAUCUAGCAUUUUUUUCCUUCCUUAUUUUAAAGUGGAGAAAGAGGGGAACAUGAGCUAGGGAGAGAACAGACGAGUAAAAUCUUCACACCAAAAGUAUCCGGGUUCCAUACACAGUUUGCAAAUAAUAGAGGAUUUCACACUACCUGGCAUAAAUUUGAUUACAUCUCUAGACUAACUUUUCUGAUUGAAUCUGCUUCUUUUUUAUCCAUGUAAUGUGUUGCCUUUUUUUAAAAAAAACAACAACAAAUAUUACAAUAAUGUGUGAUGUGGUCAAAGGCCACAUGACCCACCCCUUCUAGUGCUCUGUGUGACUGGGUAUCUAAAGGUUUUGUUUGUUUUGUUUUUUUGUUGCAAGGCCAAUUUAUCCAUUAUUGGAAAUGCUAAGCAAGUGGAAUUUACUGUUUUGUUAAUAAAAUAUUUCUUAAUACAA